AUGUGUGUUAUGAGCGUUACCAGCAUCCUUCUGAUGAUAGCUGUAGAUGAGCUCACUUUUAGUCAAUCCGAAGAAUUGAAUACCACUGCAAGCCGGGUUAUCAAACUUGUUAUAAGCAUUUUAACUGGCAUCGUUCUCAUUCUUGUUCUUUAUUUCAUCAACAAUUCGAUUGAAGACUGGCGUGUUAGACUAACACAUAGUCGAGCGUUCAUAAUUACACUUGAGCUGACCAUCUGUGCAGUUCAUCCAAUGCCACGAUUGUAUUCAACGGACAGUGGACUAGCUGAUGUACUAGCAUACUUGUUUGCUAAAUUACUGUUCAUUCGUUUGUACUUCCUGUGCCAAGGUCUGAUGUAUUAUUCCAUUUAA